AUGCCAUCACAGAGGCACUCUCCAUGGCUUCGGCUGCGCAUAUGGGCGGGUAAAAAGAUAUACAAACCUUACGUUUCACCCCAAGUCCUGCGAAUUGGGUUUGGCCAAGUGCUCAAGCGGAGAUGCCACCCAGCUGAAGUCCAAACCAUGGAGUAUAUCCAUCAGCACACAAGCAUUCCAGUACCGAGAGUGAUUAGGAUCUAUAGACAAGAAGGCACAGAGCGUGAAGAUAUUAUCAUGCAGCACGUCAGUGGCGAACCCUUGGCCGUAGCUUGGCCGAAGAUGUCUGAAGCCUCGAAACAGGCUGUCGUAAGAGAACUUGCAGGAUACGUUGAGCAGAUGCGCCAGCUAGUCCCACCCAAGCCCGGUUUUGUGGGCUCAGUAUCCAUGGGCAGCGGCUAUGAUCAUCGUUUUGGAGGAGACCGAUUCGGACCUUUCGAGAGCAUGGAAGAUUUCCACGCGUAUAUUCUCCGACACAAUUCCUUGGAUGCUUGGAAGGAGGAGACCGAUGUGGUUCACGUGCACAGCAAUCCCAGCGUUUAUGCCACUAGAUUCACGCAUGGAGACCUCGUGCCAAGCAACAUAAUAGUGAAGGACGGAAAAAUCGCCGCCAUCAUCGAUUGGGAAACAGCGGGAUGGUUUCCGGAAUACUGGGAAUACACCAAGAUUCGUUAUCAGUGGCGCCCAUACCGAGAAGGAUACUACGAGGCGAUGGAUCGCGUAUUGGUAACAUAUCCGGUGGAACUCAGGGCCGAACAAGCCAUCUGGAAACGAUAUGACUGUCUGCUCAAACUUCAUCUGUAUGUCAUGCUGCGGAGCGGAGGAGGGGUGAGGAGUAAAGGUGGCCUGAAGCGUGCUCGAGAUGCCUUCGAGAGGGAUGUUUUGGCGCUGCGAAUGCCGGUCAUCCAGGAUAAAAAGUUGAAGGCAGAAGAGAGUUUCACAAUCGAGCAGGCCCGGGAAAUGACUCAAUUAUUCUUCGACGAAGUCAUUGGCCAUCAAGGUCUCGACCGUGAUGUCAGUCUGAUCAACGUCAACAACAGCCACGAGAGGAGGGAGCUUGACGUGGGUGCUGGUGCUCGGGCGGAACGUCUAUCCGUCAAUCUGUCCAUCCCUCAGACAGUUCGUCGCUUCUUUGGUGCCUUCGACAAUGCCGAGGCCAAGAGGGUGAAACCAACCUGA